AUGUCCUCCAUGAAGGGCAGGGGAGGAGAGGCAGCGUCCUUGGAAGGAACAGCUAGGGGCCAGGUGUUACUGAGCACACCGAGGCUGUCUGUGGCAGGGAUCCAGCUGCCAUUCCCGGUCCUGGCACCUGCUGUGCCCUCAGCCCUGGGGACCAGCCUUGCCCACCGGGCCCAUGCUGCUGCCCGGGCUCCUCAGCAUCCUCUGGAUGCUCAGGGUCCCCGUAGGGGCCACAGUCCUAGUCCUACCAGCGAGAGAACCAUCUUUCCUGCAUAUACGGACACCACUCCUUCCAGGACCCCAGAAACUGAGUCCACUCACAACCCAAGUGAUACUUCUAGCUCUACCAGCACUGGCACAGUACCCGUGAACACGGUGUCCACUGGCACCCAAACACCCAGCGAAAACUGGCUGAGCACCAGUUCUGUCACCACCCCUCGUAUGACUGACUCCACUGUGAAACCAAGCAGCAACCUUCCAACUGUCACAACUUCAAGCAAGUUGACACAUCCCACCACUCCCACUACCGGGACUCCAGAGAGACCAGUGGCCACCACGAAGACUCCUACCACCCUUACAUCACCAAGCACAGCUUCAAGUACUACUCAGACGACCACAGUAGCAAGACUGACCACCACCCCAGGUAUCUGUGAAAAUAACGGCGUCUGGGAACAAGGCCAUUGCAAUUGCCUUCCUGGUUUCUCUGGGGACCGCUGUGAACAGUCUAAAUGCCUGAAUGGGGGGACAUGGGAUGGCCUCAAGUGCCUCUGCCCCAACACCUUCUAUGGCUCCCUCUGUGAAAAUCCAGCACAACAGGUAGAACUAGACACUUUUGAGGCCGAAGUGGGCAUGGAGGUGUCUGUUGACCAGGAGUUCUCUGAAGAUCUCAAAGACAACACUUCCAAGGCCUACAGAGAUUUCAGCAACAUCUUCCAGAAUGAGAUGAAGAAGAUUUACGAAAAGGUGGAGGGGUUCCAAGGUGUGAAGAUCCUGUCUCUGAGGAAUGGCAGCAUCGUGGUGGACUAUCUAGUCCAGCUGAAGUUGCCCUUCAGCUACCAGCUGGAGAGUGAGUAUGAGGAUGUGAAGAUGAUCCUUAAGGAGGAGCUCGAGAAUGCCAGCAAGAGCGAGAACAGCUGCCGGGAUAACCAGACUCUGUGUUUCAAGCCUGACUCCAUCAAGGUGAACAACACCAUCGGGACAGAACUGAACCUGAAAGCCAUCUGCAGCAGAGCAGUCGCCAAGGGCUACGAGGAGUUCUACUUCCCCUUGGUGGAAGGAAACCGGCUUCGCUGCGUCACCAAUUGCACUUCGGACGUGGCAGGUGCCAUCGACUGUAACCAGGGCCAGUGCUUUCUAGAGAAGAGUGGGCCCGCUUGCCGCUGCUUCUCCACCGAUACGCUUUGGUUCUCGGGCCCGCGCUGCGAAGUGGCCGUCCACUGGAGGGCGCUGGUCGGGGGGCUGGCGGGCGCCGGUGCGCUGCUCCUGCUCGUGCUGUUGGGGGUGCUGAGCUUCUGGGUAAUGCAGUUCCGGAGGAAGGACAGCCGGUCCAGGGCAGACGAUAGGGAAUGGUUCGAGGUCUGGGAUGAUGACGCCAAGGGGACUUUCUUCAACAAGGGCUUCGAGGAUGACAGGACAGCCAAGGAUGCAAACUUCCAAGUGGCUUUGCAGACGGUGGACCCCAAUGUGCAGGUGCACAUCCAGAGACCUGAGAUGGCCUUGUCCUCGAUGUGAGCCAUACACCUCCACCCUGCCCAGGACAGCAGGAGGGAGCCACCUACACCAGGUCCCUGCAAGAGAUACUCGCACGACCUCUGCAGCCCAAGCUCCCAAGUGUCCUUGGGCAAAAGCAGACUGUCCCCUUGACCCCCACCCUUCUCCCGACUUGGCUGAAACCCACCCGGAGACCCCGUUCACAUCCAGGCUCCUCCACGGUGGGAACUUGAGCGAGUCAGUAUUCUCCCACCUCCGUUUCCUCACCUUGAAAACGGGUAUGACAUGCUUGUCCUGGUACCUCCUACAGUAACUGUGAAAACCGCUGGGUUUGGUCAGUUCUCUGUCCCCGUCCACCCUCCUGUCUUAGCUCACAUGUUUACAUCGUCUAAUCCAGGCUCUCACACCCUCAGUCUUAGGCCUGGGUCCCUAUUUUCCUGUUUGCGCCCUGUUAUCAUCUUGAAGUCCCCUGUCCCUCGUCCUGAGCCUAUGGCCAAUUUGGAGCCCAUCCCCUAUAUAACUCCUUGCUGGGACCCUUACUCUCCUUUAAAUCUUUUCCUCUUCUGAGCCAUUCCUCAUAUCAGUCUCCUCCGCAGCCCUAUAGCUCCCUGCUUUCUGUAUUCCCCCUUCCCACCCUCGGACACUCAGCACCAAAUCCUGUCUCCUCCACACGCCCCUCUCCUAGAUAGGUGCAGAUACCCAGUGUCUUAGGCUCCCCCAGCCUGCCCUCCCAGCCCUGAGGCCCACUCGGAAGCUCCAGUUGUCCUCCCACCCCUCAAAGGCCCUGAAACCACAUGGGGGGCAUGAAUUUCCCCAGGUCCCCAAAGAUGAAGGGGAGUGAGUCUCCCUCCUCAUUGCCCUCACCCUUCUUCCCCUCCUGCCCCAUCCUCGCCAGCUCCUUUCUACCCUUUCCCACUCCCCCUACGCUGUGCCACCACCCCCUGCUCUGCCCUCAGCCUGGCCUCCUUUGCCGGGAGGAUUGGGUUGGGGGACAGGGAUUUGGCAAGUCUGGAGCUCCUCAUGCAAACAUAACAUAGCACUUGCCGUCAAAGAGGCUGCUGUGGGUCACUCCUUUCUCCCUGUGUCUUCCAUCUGGCUGCAGAGCAGGGACUUCAGACUCAGAUGUCAGCGAGCCCUGCACGCACCCCUCUCUCCUAGGGAGGGCUGUGGGCAGCCCUGAGGGUCGUGGUUGUACAAGGACUGAUCAAAAACUGUGCUGUGUAUUUAAAUAAAACAAUCAUUACAAUAAAAGCUACAUGCCGUUAA